AGAGCCACUACAACUCAAACAGUUCUCAAGAUGAACAAGAUUGUCUUUGUUAUUCUGCAAACUGUCCUCCAAUUGGCAGGCAGUACUUCACUGAGGUUCAUCAAGCCAAAUGUUCUGGUUUUGGAGGUGUCAGAUCUGUUCAGUACUGAAGUGUCAGUUCAUUGUGGAGAGCAGUUUGAGGGAGAAGCCAUUUACUGGGAGAGGAACGGGGAACGCAUCGUUGAGAGUGGAAACCGCAUCACUGUUAUGAUAGAUGGUUUGCGUGGAGGAAACUUUACAUGUCACAGACAGAAUGGAGAUCUCCUGAAUUACACACUACUACUGGUCCAUCCAGUUGGGUUUCUUAGGGGUGGAGUUCUCACGCAAUCCAAUGACAGAGAAUUUAUUUCUUGUACUGCAAGAAACUAUAGUGGACAUUUUCAUUGCUCCUGGAACUGGCACCAGGAAAGGACCCAAAGAGCUGUGGUAUAUUUUGCAGCAAUACGAAAUUCUAGUCUCAUCAACUGCACUCUGGACUCUGAUAUCUCUGGACUGACCUGUAUUGACAAAGAAUAUUGUCCAUACUCUGAGGAGUCUAGGAGCAUCAGUCUCACGCUGUUUGUCAGAAAUCUAUACCGUUUGGAGGAGCACCACAAGAGUUUCCUCAUUCAAGACAUUGUCAAGCCAGAUAAAGUCAACAUUACCAAGUUCAAAGAUGACAUGUUUGAGUGGUGCCCCCCUGAAACAUGGAGUUUCCCCUGCAGUUUCUUUCCCCUGUCCUAUGAGGUGAAAGUAGUUCCUAACAGCCACAGCUGUGACUACACGGGAGGUCGUGUUGAAAAAAAUGAAACCAACAAGACACAAUACAAGGUGAACAACAAGAAAGCAUAUACCUUCUGCGUGCGAGCUCAGGACCCCUUAACUAAAAAAGCUUGGAGUGACUGGAGCCACUAUCAUCAGUAAAAAAAAACGGCACAGCUUAGAGCAAUAAAAGGUCUGCUCAAGGGAACACAGCACUCGGCUUAAUAGUACUUGCAUCUGCUUUCUAUUCAUGACAAAAUAUUACAGCCAACAAAUUUAUAUUUUUGUAUUAUUGUUAUGUGCCGCAAUGAAAUUUGUGCAAUAGUUUUCCAGAUCAUCAAAAAUAUUUUGGUUGGAUUUAGUUUUCAAAGUUUGUUUAUAUGCAAUAAAGUGAAAAAAGAAAAUUAAAAAACGUAUUUUUCCACUUAUGUUUCAUCAUGGAGAUUAUUGAUGGUCUCUAGGUACAGUAUGUCAAGACAUGUGGUGACAUACAAAAGGUAUAGCUCACCCCUAAAAUAAAAUUAUUUUUAAAUUUACUCACCCUCAUCCCAUCGAAAAUAUGCAUUUUCUUUCUUCUGCUGAACACAAACAAAGAUUUUUGGAAAAAUAUCUCAGCUCUGUAGAUCCAUACAAUGCAAGUGAAUGGUGACUAGAACUCUGAAGCACCAAAAUGCACAUAAAGGCAGCAUAAAAGUAAGUAACAUGACUCCAGUGGUUAAAUCCAUAUCUUCAGAAGCGAUAUGUUAGGGUGAGAAACAGAUAUUUAACAAAUAUUUAAGUCCUUUUUUUACUAUCAAUCUCCACUUUCACAUUCUUCUUUUUUUGUUUUGGGCAAUUCACAUUCUCUGUGCAUAUCACCACCUACUGGGCAGGGAGGAGAAUCUAUAGUUAAUAAACAACUUAAAUAUUGAUCUGAUUCUCACCCACACAUAUCAUAUAUUAUGAAGAUAUGGAUUUAACCACUGAAGUCUUAUGGAUUACUUUUAUGUUACCUUAAUGUGCUUUUUGGACCUUUAAAUUUGUUAUACCCAUUUACUUGCAUUGUAAGGAUCUACAAAGCUGAGAUAUUCUUUAAAUAUCUUCGUUUGUGUUCAGCAGAAGAAAGUACACAUCGGGGAUAGCAUGAGGGUGAAUAAAUGAUGAGAGAAUUUGAAUUUUUGGGUGAACUAUCACUUUAAGCUGAGCCAAAAGGUAACUAAGAAUGAAAUUAAGUAAUAUUUGGAGAUUGAAGUGAAAUUAAGUGUACAAUUAAAUAAAAUUCAAGACCGCAGAAUAAUGUUCCUGUUUUGACAUAUUCUUGCAUCUGGUGCACAUCUGAGCAUGUCCUUACUAUAUACCGGUCAAAAGUCUGAACACACUUAUUGUAUUUAUGUUUUGCAUGAUCUUAAAAAAUCUUUUGAUCUAAAAGCUUAAGCUUAAAUGCUGUGAAUUAGUUGCAUAUCAAUUUCUUUAUAAAUCCUUUCUUGAUUAUUUAACUACUGCUUCAAAGACCUAAGUUUUGACUGGUAGUAUGUACUGUAUAAAUACUCACAGAAAAA